AUGGGCGGAGCAGCUAUUUCCAGUAACGGGACGGGGUCGUACGGGGCGGUGGAUCAGCUUGGUCGAGUUUUCACAGGCCAAGGUAGUGAUGCGUAUGACGGACUUGUUGUGGUAGACGCUGCAAUUCUUCCCACUGCUCUCGGCGUCAAUCCCUUCGCCACCAUCACUGCUCUCGCGGAACACUCAGUCGAAGCUGUGGCGAAGCGAAACAGCUUGAGUAUAGAUCUCGUAACUCAAAACGGGACUCUCGACCUUUUCGGAUGCACGGCUCGUCUGAAACCCGCCGGUGCAGAGCUCUCCAAGGCCGAGCGUGUUGUCCGCGUGGCGACGGAGUCAGGAGCUGAGGGCCUUGAGUUUACUGAAGUCAUGACUGGCUUCAUCAAUACUCAGGACCAAGUCGACACCGGCAAUAUCACAUCAGACUUCACCUUCGCGACUGAUGCAGCUCGGGCAGCCGGCAGCACGGCAAGAUUCUUCCUUAGUUGUCAUGCUUGGGAUAUCGAUGAAUUAUUUGGCCGAUCUGAUCACCCGGCAAUGCUUACUGGGAGGUUUACCUGCGCUGGUCUAGCUGGGUCUCCGUUUAUGGUCCUUCGCGGUGAGUUCAACCUCUUCAUCAAGGAUAAGUGCACGCCAGAUACUACCAACUUGACAUACGACUUCGACAUGGUAUCUACUCGAGGAGAAGUCAUUCACUUUCGUGGCUAUAAAGUGGUGAACCGAUCCGUUGCAUUCAAUCCACUGCAAACUUGA